AUGUAUUCAGGGUGUAGUUUGGCGCUGGAAAAUACGCAGGCCUUGACUCUGCCUCUAAGAUGUGAGGAGGAUACCAACGCUUUCCUCUGGGAAAUUAACCAGAAGAGACCAAAGGAAUACGCUGUUCUGAUGUAUGAUGCAUUUGGAAAACUGGGAAGCAAUGUUGAAGGAGGUAAUGUCAACCAGCCUGGCUCCGUGGAGCAGUGUCGCUCUGCCCACGGUCCCACCUUCUCUGGACAGUACUGCCAGGUGUUCCUUCGGCAGGAAAAGGUCCAGUACUUUGUGGGUAUUUGCGUUCCCGACUCCUGUGGGGAAGAGGACGUGCAAAUGCUGGUGCUGUACGGGAGACUUCAGUUUGGUCAGACAUCCCUCAUUCCUCCUUUACCGUCCAUCUUCGUCAAUCAGUCCACUCAGGAGAUGAUCAUGACCCACUGUUUGCCCAACACCAUUGCCCCAGAUGCGUCGGAUGUCACCUGCCUGUUUGUGUGUUGCGUAAUGGUAGCAAUUCCGCUUGCCGCCACCUUAUUCAUGGCUAUAAUGAGGCGGCAAAGGAACAGGGAGGUCAGCCCAUGUGUGGAGUCUUCCUGUUUAAACACUGGCCUCAACCUUUAUGGGACCCUGAAGACCAAUGGCUCCUCUAGCAGGGAGAUGAAUAGGAGCACUUCAGAGGAAAACGGUAAGAACAAUGUACAUUAUGACACCAGCCGCACACCACAGUGUUUUCCCCGAAGCUGUGUGAACCAGUGCCUGCAGGCGUUUUCUCUACAGAAUACCAGCCAAGGUGUCUUGAGCAGUUCCUCAUCCAUCCCAGGUGGAGGCUACUCCUCCGUGAAUGGCAUCCGCGUUCUCAGCCUGUUAUGGAUCGUAUGUGGCCACUCUGCAGAGUUCUCUGUAAUAAACAACUUGGAUAACUACAAAAACUGGAAGAAAACGGUAGAAAGCAGCCCUGUGUACGUGUUUGCCUUUAGCGGACCUGUUUUUCUGGCUGUAGAUACCUUUUUACUGCUGGGGGGUCUGCUUAGUGCCAGGUCGCUGCUGAGCUCCAUCAGGAGAUCUGAGGACAAAUUGAGCGCCUGUUUGGUGGCCGACUACCUCUUCAAGAGGAUUAAAAGGAUUCAGCCACUACAUCUGUUCAUUAUGUGUCUAACCACUGGCCUCGUCUCUUUGGUCCAGUGGGGACCCUACUGGUUUCCACUAAUGGAGACACUGAUGGAUUGUAAGACGUACUGGUGGGCUAACGUGCUACUGAUCAGCAAUCUCCUCCCAGUCCACGAGAUAUGUAUUCCUUGGACAUGGUACCUGUCUCUAGACUUCCAGUGUUAUGCCACCACUCCUCUGUUGCUCUAUUUUUACAGAUUGAACAGAAAUGUGUUUGCGGCUGUGGCCGGAGGCCUGCUGCUGAUGACCACUGUCGCUGGCGCUGUUAUAACUGCACUCCUGCAGCUGCCAGUCUUUGAGCCGUCUACAAUGACAUCUUACAAUUAUGUCUUACAUUACUAUGUGAAACCCUACACAAGAUAUGGGCCGUUUUUAAUAGGGAUCUUGACUGGAAUAUACUUGAUGACAAAGAAAGAUCAGCUCUUAAAGCAAAAGUGGCAGGCAGCCCUUGGUUGGCUCUUCUGUCUUUCGCUCAUGGCUGUGUUGGUUGGAUUGGCCUACGUCCUCAGGGAGACCCCGGCCUAUCCUUCUGUGCCACAUGCCCUCUAUCAAGGACUGCACAGACCACUCUGGGCUCUGGCUGUGACCUGGAUCAUACUGGCCUGUGAGGAGGGUUACGGAGGUUAUAUCAAGAGCUUCUUGUCAUUGGGUUUCUGGGUUCCACUGUCCAAUAUUAGUUUUGCUUGCUAUCUCUCACAUCCUGUCUUCAUUAUCCUCUACAUUGGCUUGCAAGAGACCCCCAUCCACUACACAGACUUAAACUUCAUGUACCUGUUCCUUGGCCACGUGGGGGUGACGCUGGUGGUGAGCUACUUGUUGACUGUGCUGGUUGAGAAGCCCUACCUCCUUCUAAAAUGCAGCCGUACUUCGAUGCAAGAGAAAGGCACUGUCUCAGACUGUUUAAAGCUCCCAUCAUCCAGCUGUAAUAUGUCAGACUGUUUGUCACUUUGCUCAGAGCCUGUGCCAAAGGAUAAUGACCUCGGGGUUCAUGCCUAUUUUGGCUCAUCAGAACCUAUAUUGCCUCUUUUACCUCACUUCGCUCAUGACCUUAUUUCGACCCCAUCUGAAACUUUCUCCGAGUUUUACAUUAAACAAGAGCCAUCCCUCUCCUUUUCUCUCAUUCAAGACAACACUGAACCUGAAGCUUCUGGGGUCAUGUCACCUCGUUCGGAGGGUUCGAUGGAGCUGCCGACCACUGAGCCUCUCUCCAGGCUCAGCUUCAGCUCUGAACACAGCCGAGCCACUUGUCUAUUAAGGUUGUUAUCACCUCACUCAGAUAGACUGGAGAGUGAUACAGCUAUAGCGGCUGUGUCAGACCUUUAUAUCUUUGAGACUGAGACACAGGACUUCAUCCUGAGCCCUAAUGUAGAUCCCCAUGAGACUGAAUUUCCUGAAUGCCAGCCAUUAUCACAAACAGAAGAAAAAAAGACACACCAUGACUGUGAUACACAUGUCCUGAUUAGUGAUUCAGCGGACGUGCUGACAAAAUGUGAUCACAGCUCUACUGAGGAACGAGCUUUAGUGGACUAUGAAUCAGACGUGGUCCAACAUACGGAGCUAAGACCACAUGCCGUGGGUGCCUGUGAGGUGAGCUUGGUGUCGGUAAAUGAUGCGAGGCGAGGGAAAACCGAGGUCACUGGCUUAACCCCCAAAACACAACAGAGCAACCGCCCUGUCGAGCUGUGGCUGGACGCAUGCCAGUAUCUAGCAGUUGACGAUACAGAAGAUAGGGAUGUUUUGGAUAAGACAAGGCAUUCUGUGAUGCAAGUAGGACUUUCAGCCACCAGUGACAUGUCAUGUCUUCUCCCAGGAGAGACCCAAGUGUCAGGUUACAACCCAAAAGGUGGCGAGGGGAUUGGCUGCUUGGGUGAAGACACCACUAGCCGGGGGCCAAAGGUUCAGAGAUUGUCUUCAGUGGACAGCUGGGCAAGUGCGCUCUCAGACUGGGCUGGAAUCAUCACGCGUCCACCAGAGGACAUCACAGCUGCCGUCACAGAGAUAGGGGCUGAGAUAGACGCUUUGACACAGGCACUAGCUGAGGUAAAUACUGAUCCAGACACAGCGACGUCUAAAGUAGGACAGAUACAGGGGACAGCAGUGCAGGCGCAAUCACAGCCACCCAUGGGUGUCCAGGAUCAGCCGCUAGAGGCACAAAACAUCCCAGAGAGCCCCAUCCUCUCCGGGCAGAACUGUCUCUCUUUGGGCCUCAAAGGUGCAGGACCUGAGCUCCAAGACAGAGAGACGUCUUUUAUAUGCCCCGUUCACCCGCACUCAUCCAUGGGUUCAUCCACAGCGGCCUCUCUUGGAGGAUACGGUGUAGAUGUGACUGCAGUUACACUCAUCCCUGGAUCCACUUUGUCUGCUGAUUUGGAGCUUUCUCCGUUUGGUGGAUAUGUCGAGUCCUUGGAGACAGACAUUGUCCUCAGCAAUGAAGAUUCAGUCAUACUGAAAAUAACAGAAGAUACAGAUUUGGAGGGAGAAAAUGCACCAGAGCUAAUAAUUGGGGAGUCCUCUGGAGAUGGACUGUGUGAAGUGACAGAUGAAGACAGGAUCUCCCAGCCGAGCUUGGUGACCAAGCAGGAAGCUAAAAGGAGCUGUGGACCAGCCCACGUUGAUGGUGUAGGGACCGAAUCUUCCGCGGAUCCUCAUUUCCUCACCACACACACUCUGACAAACUCACAUGUGCCAGGUGUGGACACAAAACCUGGCCUGCAAGAUAAUGUUCACACACACGUGGCGCCUGACACUUUACCAGACCUUGACGGAGCAUGUCAGGUGGAGCCACAGUGGGGGAGUCCUAAGUUUAUUGUGCCCUUAACUCCCCUCAGUAUUGGCUCCUCCCUCCUCUGUGCGACAGGCAGCAGUUUGGAAGGAGAUCAAAUUUGUGCCAAAAGGUCCCUCAAUGACAACAGAGACCUCAGUUGUGAUCACGUAGAACACCGUGUUCUCUGGCCAACCUCGGAUGGGAUUACUGACAAACCAUUCCUGGAAGGUGAUGAAGAGCUGAUUCAUAAAAAGGAGAAUACCUUAGACUCUGCUAAUAAAUCUUCACCAGAGGCACAUCAGAAAUUGCACUCUGGCAAGACUUCUGAGUGUUCCCUGACUAGGGGAAAAACAAUAAUUGAGGAGAUUAAUGACCUCAGUAGAGGACUAUCAAACCUGGUUGUUGUCCCUGCAGACAAUUUCAUCAUCUCGAAGAAGAACCGUGUCGCAUGUAUCACUUUAGACUUAAAUGACCCAUUUGUCUCCAGGGCUGCAAAACCUAUUGUCACAGCCAUACCAUCUGAGAAGGCUGAGCUGAAUCAGAUAACUGCCGAAAAGAUGCCUCACAAAACUCACAAGAGCACCUCAGAGAUCAAAACACGCUCCAAAAAGGACAAAUCAGCUGGUCAUCACCUUGGUGCACAGGCUUCCAAGAAGCAGGAGAAUUUAUCUCAUUAUAUUUCAGCCCAGCAGACCAGUAAACAGCAAGAAAUUCAUCCUCUUAGUGGAGAAAAUCAAAGCAGUGAGAACACACCAACUGGACUUGAGGACAAUCAGGCUAAAUUGGGGAUUGAGACCGCUGUGGCAGCUGACAAGGCUCCAACCAAACCACAUGGCAAAAAGAAAAAGAAACACGGUCAUAAUGCAACAGCGCCAAAGAGUGUAGCAGAGCCACUGGCUAAAGCAGAGUAUGGAGCAAAACCAAAGACUGCGAAAGGAAGGAUUGAUAUGUUUGAGGCCAAGCUGGGUGCUAAAGCUGAGAAAACUCAAAGGGACAGAAAUCAGUCAGAUGGUGCUGAGAAAAAUUCCCAGCAACUAGAGGCUAAAGCUUCCCAGGGAGAAAGACCUGCGCGUCAUGUAGAGCAUAAAGACCACCUGCCAAAAAAAUUCACCAGUCCUCCAAAAGACGAUGUUAUUAAAAGACGACGCCUGUCAGAGGAUAAGUCUGGCAAGAUUGUUAAUGUUUUGGAAUCUAAACUACCAAAGCCAGAUGUCUCUAUUAAGGCAAAGGCAGAGGAGCCCAAGGCUGACGCUGAAGCAACUUGUAAAAAGGCGUACAGCGAAGUGGUCAAACAGAAAAUCCCACUUAAGAGAGACCCCAAGGUGGUGCAGCCCAUCCAGGCAGUGUCAGUGAGCGCGGACCCCCAGAGUCUGCGCCUGUGGUGUCAGUUUGUGGCCGUCUUCUCUGACCACACUGUCACCUGGAGCAAAGAGGGCACUGUCCUCGCUGAGAUCAAGAGAAGUGCAGGGGAUGAGAGCAGAGUGUCACUCACCAUCUCCAACGCUUCUCACAAAGACGUGGGCAAGUACCAGUGUCGGCUCAUCGGCUUACAUGGUUCAGUCACCCUGGACUACUUGCUAACAUAUGAAGUGCUCAGUGAGACUGUCAUUCCCCCAUCACAAAAGACUAUCUCAUCUGCUCCUGUAGAGGUGGGAGGUGAAGAAGAGGAUGUCCGCUGUUCCAGGCUGAUGUUCAAAGAGGAUUUCCUAUCUGACCAAUACUUCGGAGACAACCAUCCUGUCAGCAUCAUCACCGAAAAGGUCCACUUUGGGGAGGGGAUGCACCGGCGGGCUUUCCGGACCAAGCUUCAGGCGGGUGAGAUGCCCCUUUUACUGCCAGGACACUCUGGUGUGCUCAAAGUUCACAACGCCAUCAGCUACGGGACCAAGAACAACAGCGAGCUCGUUCAGAAGAACUUUACCUUGGCUGUGGAGGAGUGUCAGGUCCAGAAUACAGCAAGAGAGUACAUCAAGGCGUACACUGCUGCAGCUCAGUCUGUUGAAAGCUUCGGAGAAGUCCCAGAGAUCAUUCCCAUCUACCUGGUUCACCGUCCAUCCAAUGACAUCCCCUAUGCUACACUGGAGGAGGAGCUGAUUGGUGACUUCGUCAAGUAUUCGGUCAAGGACGGCAAAGAGAUCAACCUGCUGAGGCGCGACUCGGAGGCGGGACAGAAAUGCUGUGCUUUCCAGCACUGGGUCUACCACAACACUGAGGGCAACCUGCUGGUUACGGACAUGCAAGGAGUGGGAAUGAGGCUUACUGAUGUGGGAAUAGCCACCUGUAAGAAAGGAUACAAGGGCUUCAAAGGAAACUGUGCCACCUCCUUCAUUGAUCAGUUCAAAGCCUUGCACCAGUGCAACACGUACUGUGAGAUCCUGGGCCUCAAAUCCCUGCAACCCAAAGCCAAAAAGCCUACGUCUGCUCUGAAACCCAAACUCCAGCCUUCUGCUUCACCUAGGAGGAAACCUUUUGGGCCAACGGUGAAGGGCAAGUCAUAACAAGAGGGGGAACUCUUGGACUAAGGGUGUGAUAAUUUAUUGGAAUUGGGAGGUUAAGCUGGUUUUGGACUGCCUCUCUGACUUGGACCUCGUCGUGCAGAGCCUGACUCGGCAGCCGCAGGCCAGACGAUGGAGACGAACGUAUGUGGCUCCAAUGGGAGCGAUUGUUCCACGACCGGUGGCUGUUGUUUCAUAAGAAAGCUUGCUUCAUCUCAUGUUGAACAUUUGAGAGAUAUAUUUUUAUUCUAAUGAAGAUUUCACCAGAGAUUGUGUCUGUAUGAAAGCUAUAUUCAUAAUCUGGGGGAAGAAACCUUGUUUCACGAGUUUUGGGAAAACUGUGACAUAUUUAACAAACGAUAUACGAUGUAGUUUGUCUAUAGUGACGAACUGUGAUGUCUUAGACUGCUUUAUAAAUGAUGUGUGAUGAUUUUUUCUUUACAGAUCAAUGUAGAGUUUUUCUUGUUUUUCUACUUCGGUGAUGUUUUCAAACUAUAAGUUCAUUAAAUUAAUGAACUUGUUAACUGAUUGCUUGGGGGAAGUGUCUUUGAAGUAGGUUGUAUGAUUAAAAAUACACACAAUUAAGGAUACGUGUUAUUUUGGGCUGAGCCACAGAAUGAGUGGGUAAUUUUUGUGUUCGGUUUGA